CUUGGCUGGCGGGUAAUCGGGUCGGAGCGGCCUCCUGCUCAUUUGCAUACCGCGCCCCGGGGGAUAAGCCCGCCCAAAGCGUCCCGUUAAACGGAGGCGGCGGUGCAGACUGCACGGAGUGGAGCAGUGAAUGUAUUUCAGUCAACAAACAAUUGCAAGUUUAUUGAGGAUUUUGGUGGAUGUGGUUUUCUCCUUGUCUGAAAAAUGGAUAUUGAAUUGCCACUUCUAAUACUGUACAAAAUAAGAACAAGCCGCCUGUCUCAGAACAAAGAGCAGCAAAGGAGCGGGAGAAGCGCAGCGAAAAAGAGGCGCGUGUACUUGCGAAAUGAAAGAAAGUUCCCCAAUCGAGUGAAUCUUCUCGAUCUGAACGAAGAGGAGAUUAAAGCAAGGUAUCGAUUGUCCUCCGAAGCCAUUCAGUCCCUUUUUGAAAAAGUAAAAGAAAACUUGAAUCCCAAAACAGAGAGAAGCCACGCCAUUCCGGGCAUCGUCAAGUUACUGUGCGCACUACACUUCUUCGCCAGCGGCUCUUUCCAGAACAGCGUCUCCACAGCCGGCGGCAUCACGCAGUCCAGUUUCAGCAGAUUUCUCUUCCAAGUCAUACAGGCCAUAGUGAACUUGUACAAAGAGUACAUUAGCUUUCCUAAUGACCCAGCUUCCCUGAAGGCAGUCAAACAGUCCUUCCUGAGUAUAGCAGGAUUCCCAAAUGUCAUCGGUGCCAUCGACUGCACCCAUGUUGCCUUAUCGCCUCCGUCCGAAAACGAGUACAUCUAUCGGAAUGAAAAGCACUUCCAUUCUUUGAAUAUGCAAGUCGUCGUAUCAAACAACAUGAAGAUCAUCGACGUGGUAGCCAAGUUCCCUGGUUCUACUGAAGACUCCUACAUAUUAAGUCAGUCUGGGCUUCAUCAGCGCUUUGAGAAUGGGGAAUUCGGAUCUGGAUGGUUGUUAGGUGACAGCAUGUAUGGCCUGAAGCCUUGGCUUAUGACUCCUGUUAGUAACCCUAAAACCAGGGCUGAGAAGAAAUAUAACCAUGCUCAUUCUGCAACGCGGUCCAUAAUCGACCGUACGUUCGGAAUGCUGAAAACCCGAUUCGGAUGCCUGGAUAAAUCGAAAGGGGUUUUGCUUUACUCCCCCGAAAAAGUCUGCAAAAUAUUUUUCGUCUGCUGCAUACUUCACAACAUUGCCAUGAAUGAAAGCGACUACAUUGAAGUCAACGAGGAGUACGCUCAGCACGAGGAAAUAAACAUGGAGCCCUUCGAAGAUGAUACGGAUGAAGGAGGAAUUCUACGAGAGAAGUUGAUACUGGAACAUUUUGCAGGUUGAGUUAUGAGGCUGAACCCCAUCAAGAAACACUAGAAGAAAUGUAACAAAAAUAACCACAACAAUAAAAAAAGAAAACAAAAAAAACAAAGAAACUUUUUAGUAAACACAAUUAGUUCUCUGUUAAAAUCUGACUUUGCUUUUUCGAUUCUUCAUGUACUGGAUCCUUUCUAUGAGUGCAAGUGUUAAUAGUUCAUAAUUGUGUUUUUGAAAAGUCAAAAUGUAAAUAGUACACGCUUCUAUAUUUUUGUUAAAUAAAGGAGUAGUUAUUUAAUUUUUUUUUUUUAAUAAAAUCCUGGAUAGCCACGUGA